AGUAAUGAUCAGGCAGUUGUUCAGGGGAACAGAGGCAUCCCUUCUAUUUGAUCGGAGAAGACCAAUCAAGCAGUCUGCUCGCCAGAACUUCAGAAGAAUCCUGUCAACUAGGUACAGCACUUUUCAGAGAAAGAAAGAAAUCUAGAAUAGUUUGUCAGUCUGUAUGCAUUGUGUUUGUACAUGAAAACUUUAGAUCUAUGACCUUGUGGGAGGUGGGGUUUGAUUCAAUGGUUCUAUGGUGUUGAUGUAGCCUAUAUCACAUUUACUGACAGAAGGCAGAAAUGAAUCAGACAGUUUUACCUUUGUUAGACCAACAUUAAUAUCUGUCAAAAGCUGCAGCAUAGUACUUCGGCUCAGGGGUUGUUGAGGCGGUUAGGGUAGAGUACGCCUACUAUGUGACUGAUAGGUAAAUAAACCAGUCAGUAGUAUGCAGUUUAAUCUGUAUCUAUAGAGAACUUGUAAAGUUAACUUGCAUUGUUAACUAAUAAAUAACCACUGCACAAUAGUUGUGUUGUUGUUCCACAGGGCUGUCUUCAGAGAGCAGGCCCCUCACUUAGUGUGUUUGACAAGCUGAGUUGAACACUCAGUACACAGGGUGUCAGUUUGUCAAAUACCCCAAGUGAGGCGUCAAUUGUCUACUGUUCUACUGGCAAACUGCAUUCUGCUGGUGACCUUGACUGCAAGCCGACCUUGACUGCAAGCCGUGUCUGGAGUUACUUCAUCACUGAGAUGAAUCAUCUUGAGUUCUGCUGAUUGGUCCAUUCAUGUGUUAGCGCUGCCUGUGUUGUUGUCCACGAUGUACUGUGUGCAGGUAGGAUUAUUAUGUUGAUUAUCAACAAAGAAUACUAAUAUAACACACACUAAUGCACCACAAAUGUAACUCCUCAGGGCAUUUCAGGUGUAAGUUUCCGUACUAAAUGUAUAGGCCUAUUUUCACAUUAAAUGUUUAUCCAAAUGUUCAUGUAUUAUUUUGUUUCAUUGCGUAGGCCUGAUGUUUUAAUAUUUGAGUCUUUGAAUGUAACGUCAGUAUUUCUUAAUCUGAUCAUGUUGAACGGCUGAAUAUAACCUUUAUUUCAAAACGUUAAAAAUGCUACAUACAAAAUUGAAAUAAUGAGUCCUUAUCUAAUUAGGGUAACCGGUUGCGGUAGAGGCUUACUUCUCAAAGAUGUUUUAAGAUAAUAAACACAUUUUUUAUCUGACAGUCUCACAUUUCCUGCCUCCGCAGCGGGUUGUCUCAUCGGAGUGAAUGGGAGCGUGCGUGUUAUCUUGUGAUCAGAUGGUAGCACUAACUAACUCAAUGCACAGCUGCAGCCAUGGCCUCCAAAUGUAGCUUAUCUAUAUUAUUACAGUCGCUUUAGAACUUGGUAGGCGUGCCACUGUCUUUCAUUGGGCUACCUCAGUUUAUAAUAGAGCGCCAUUUUAGAACACUCUUUAAGGGGAAACGUGAAGCUACAUUGUUCACAAUCAGUAGGAUUUGUAUUUAUGCGUCGUAUAAUAUUCAUGUUUUCUGCAAUUCCCCUAAAAGCUAAUUUUACUCUGAAAUCUUUUCAGUAGAACACGUUGUUUUACUUAGAUCGAAUUUCUCAAAAAUUGUAAUUGACCAAGUCUACUUUGCAGCGCCAUCCAGAGGCUAACAAUUAAUUUUUGAAAUGUUGUUACCCAAAAGUGAGAAGGGGAGAGAGGCGGGCUGGAGGGGUAUCUUGGGUUUCCCGUCAUUUAACCUAAAAUGUUGUGAGUCAUCGGCACUACAUCGGUAUUUCAGGGCAUGCAUUUUAAAACGAAAUCAUGCGUAUGGUGAAAUGGCAAAACGUUGUAGUGUUAUAGCCUAAGAGAGAUUACUUAUAUUUGUUUGUGUUUAUCCUUUAAUCAAUCACGCACUACGCACAGUGAGCAUGAAAUCGUGCAGGCAGUCAACGGAGACUACGACUUAAAUGAUCAGUGGGGGUUUGGAUAGGAAAGAGGAUGCGCAGCCAAAUGUAGUCAUUGCCUAUAUCCUAGAUGGACAGGAUAGUAUAGGUUUCUCCUCCGUACUCAACAGGUAGACACAACUUAAUGUGUAAAGUCGAAGAUACAAUGAAUAACACCGCAUACUUUCUCAAUCAUUUCUACUCGUCGUCAAAUUCUUCGUUUUGGAAUUUUUCCCUGGAUGAAGGAAUGUACGGCAAUGGUACUAGUUAUGAGACCGAAUCACAGCAUUCAACCACAAAAGCUAUUCUAAUUUUUGCAUAUUCAGUCAUCAUCACAAUUUCACUUUUUGGAAAUAUUGUGGUUUGUCACGUCGUGUUAAAGAACAAGCGGAUGCAUUCUGUCACCAGUUUGUUCAUUAUGAACCUGGCCGUGGCUGAUUUAAUGAUUACUCUUCUCAACACACCUUUCACAUUGACUAGGUUUGUGAACAGCACCUGGGUGUUUGGCAAGCUGAUGUGUCACGUCAGUCGCUUUGCCCAGUACUGUUCUGUCCAUGUCUCAGCGCUGACCCUGGUGGCCAUCGCCCUGGACCGACACCAAGUUGUCAUGCAUCCAAUGCGACAGCGGAUAUCAAAAUUCCGUGGAGUAAUUUGUAUCAUUGUGAUCUGGGUGACAGCUUCCUGCUUCUCCUUACCUCACGCCAUUUACCAGAAGCUGCUGCGCUUUGACCUUGGUCACAGGAAGGUACGUAUGGUGUGCCUGUCGAGCUUCCCUCAGCCGUCUGACGUGGUGUGGAAGUACCUGGACCUGGCCACUUUCUUCCUGCUCUACGUGCUGCCUCUGGCAAUCAUAUCCAUCGCCUACGUCAUCGUGGCCAAAAAGCUGUGGACUCGCAACGCCAUAGGGGAUGUGACUAUCGCCCAGUAUGCCGCCCACAGACGCAAGAAGAAGAUGACUCUGAAGAUGCUGAUGCUGGUGGUGGCUGUGUUUGCUAUUUGCUGGUUCCCUCUCAACUGUUAUGUCAUUCUGGUCUCCAGCAAGGCCAUUGACACUAAUAACGCACUUUACUUCACCUUUCACUGGUUCGCCAUGAGCAGCACCUGCUACAAUCCGUUCAUUUACUGUUGGUUGAACAGCAGCUUUAGGGCAGAGCUCAAGUCUUUGAUAUUUAUUUUUCGCCCAAAGGUGGAAGCGGUCCCUUGCUAAGGGUUUCCUUUCAAACCAAUAUGGAUAUAAUGGUAAGGAUGAGGCUGUUACAGACUGCACAUACACACACAGUCUCUGUAAUAAGCUAUUACCACUAUAAAGAGGUGCUACAUCUUGUUUUCUCAUGUUUACAGCAUUAUUCAUGUGGUGCAUAGAGCUAGUCUGUGCUAGCCAAAAGGAGCUGUAUUAUCUGAAGGUCGUAAAACAAUCGACAUGCUAACACAUUCAGCCAGCUGCGUAGAACAUACUGCAAUUUCAGUACCACUGCUCUCCUAUGACAGCAGGGGUGUAGUUAUUGCUUGAAAGA